GAAUGGUUUCCCCAUUGUUCAUCCAAACCCUUCAUGAACUAGAUUUACGUAAAAAAAAAAGUCUCGAGACACACACACGACUGCCUGUAAUCCUUGGCAGACAACACGAAUCGAGUGAACGGCAGGCUACUAUUUCAUCUGCACAUCCACCAAAGUCCACCGACAUGCAGCUCGUUGGGUCCAAGUCGGCCCAGCGCCUCAACGACCUCGCAGGCGGCGAGGGCAGUGUGUCCCUCCUUCCCGUCGAGCCCGAAGACAUGUGGCACGCCAACAACCUCAUCAGUCCCGAAGACGUCAUCAAAGCGCACGCCGUCCGCAAGGUGACGACGCAGUCCGCAACUGGCAGCACGCAAUCCGAGCGCGUACACACCGACCUGACGAUCCGCGUUAAAUCCACCUUCUUCGACACGGCCGCCUCGCAGCUGCACGUCUCGGGCGCCGUCAUCGUCGAGAACAGCUUCGUGAAUGUCGGGCAGUAUCAUACGCUGGAUCUCGAGCUGAACAGGCAGUUCACGAUAUGGAAACAAUACGGUUGGGACUCGGUCGCAUUGGAGGAGUUGCAGUCGGCGAUUAAGACGGAUAAAGAGGGCGCGGUGGCCGCGGUCGUUAUGCAGGAGGGCAUCGCGAACAUUUGUCUCAUUACCCAGUACCGCACGAUCCUCAAACAACGCGUCGAGCACACGGUACCGAAGAAGCGAUCCGCGUCGUCGGAUCAGGAGAAGGGCAUGAAGGCAUUCUACAAGAAAACGCUGGACUCGCUGACUAGGAAUAUCGAGUUCGGCGUGCCGCGGCCGCUGCUCCUCGCCAGUCCAGGCUUCGUGGCGGGUGAUUUCAAAAAGUACAUUAGCGAGGAGGGCACCCGGUCAGGGGAUAAGAAGCUGAUGGCCAUGGCCAAGGAGGCAACGGUGGUGCACUCUAGCUCGGGGCAUUUGCACAGUCUAAACGAAAUACUUAAGAGCCCCGAGGUGCUAGCGACGAUGAAGGAAAUGAAGUUUAGCAAGGAGACGAGGUUUAUGGACGAGUUCUUUGACCGGUUACGGAAGGAUGACGGGAGGGCGUGGUAUGGAACUUCGACUGUGACGAAGGCGGUUCAGGAGGGCGCGGUUGGGAUUGGCGGUGGGGUUUUACUUGUUAACAAUUCCCUGUUUCGAAGUCUGGACAUUGCGACGAGGAAAAAGUACGUUGAACUCGUAGACCAAGUCAGGGCGGAAGGGGGCGACGCGAGGAUACUAAGUUCGGACCAUGAGAGUGGACAGCGGUUGGACUCGUUGGGAGGUAUCGCGGCCAUUUUAACGUAUCCGAUUCAUGACUUGGAUGAGGAUGAGGAGGAUACAGCGCAGAACAAUGGUGAUGGGGAGCAGGAGACGAUCAUAUAGGUUCCAGGAGAGUGUCAAAUAAAUCAAUUAACACCC